AUGGCGAUGUCCCAGCCUUCCAUCAACUGCAGUCUGGAUGACAUUGAUUUGAAUAGUCUUAAGGAUCCAGCUGGAAUAUUUGACCUUAUAGAAGUGGUCGGCAAUGGAACUUAUGGUCAAGUGUAUAAGGGACGCCAUACCAAGACCGGUCAGCUGGCGGCCAUUAAGAUCAUGGACGUUACCGAAGAUGAAGAGGAGGAAAUCAAGUUGGAAAUUAAUGUCCUGAAAAAGUACUCUCAUCAUCGCAAUAUCGCUACCUACUACGGGGCAUUUAUCCACAAGAGUCCCGAAGGCAAAGAUGACAAACUGUGGCUGGUAAUGGAGUACUGCGGUGCCGGCUCAGUGACGGAUUUAGUCAAGUCCACCAAAGGGCACUCUCUGAAGGAGGAGUGGAUCGCCUAUAUCUGCAGGGAAAUUUUGCGCGGACUGAAUCACCUUCAUCAGAACAAAAUUAUUCAUCGUGAUAUUAAGGGCCAAAACGUUCUGCUCACUGAUGAUGCCGAGGUGAAGUUGGUGGACUUUGGCGUCAGUGCUCAGCUGGAUCGAACCAUUGGCAGACGAAACACAUUCAUUGGCACGCCAUACUGGAUGGCUCCCGAAGUGAUUGCUUGUGAUGAGAAUCCUGAUGCCACGUACGAUAACCGAAGUGAUCUUUGGUCUCUGGGAAUCACCGCCAUUGAGAUGGCCGAAAAUACUCCACCGCUUUGUGAUCUACAUCCCAUGAGAGCUUUGUUUUUGAUACCUCGAAAUCCGCCGCCACGCCUAAAGUCAAAGAAGUGGUCGAAAAAGUUUCAAAACUUCAUUGAAACUGUUUUGGUGAAGGACUACACGAGAAGGCCUUUUACUGAGAAUCUGCUAAAGAACUCAUUCAUCAGAGAUCAGCCUAAUGAAAGGCAAGUGCGCAACCAGAUUAAGGAGCACAUUGAUCGCUGCAAGAAGCACAAGCGCAGCGAUUUCAAUGAGGACUCUCGGUACCACAGCGACGACGAUGAGGAGGAGAACGUCAAUCACAUUGACUUGCGUGAGCAUCUUGCUCAGGAAAGCACAUUGCGCAGGAAUCCUGAGAAGACUCCGGUUUCGCCUAAUGUGGAGCAUAAAAACGGCCACCACCAGGCGAAUGGACAUUCCGCUCAGGCGGGACCUUCCCACAAGUCACCGGAUAAGCAGCAUCACCAGGCGCCGCCUCCGCACAUUGUCAACCGGCCACUCCCAGCACCGCCAAAUCGAGCUAUUGCAGUUCCAGAGCUGCCUCCACCCAGUAAACCACUUCCACCGAUUCCAGUGGAGAAUGAUAGGAAAGGCGACAAGAAAAUCAUCACUAACCGGAAUAUUGCCAUGGAGCAUAACUUUCAGCCGCAACAUGCUCAUAUUACUAACAUUGCAAACAAUGCCAACCGAAAUUCGGCCAUCAUUAAGGCGCAGUUUCAAAAGCCCGAAGAUCUUGAACUCCUUGCCGCUCAGUUGAAUGAGCUGGGAGGCAAUAACAACCACAAGGCUGAUAACAAAAACGGUCAAAUGGCAAAGAAGCCGUCGGCUCCAAGUGCUGUCCCCCAGAGCAACAAGUCGUUCAACCCACCACCGCCAAAGUACAAAGACAGCGCAGUUCACCAGAACGGCUUUAACCAGAAGCCACAGGGAAAUGUUCAAAGGCCAAUGGCUGGAAACAAUUCACGACCUGGCGGUCCUCCGAUGAUAGGCAAUUCAGGUUCGGGAUCAGAAGAAGACGAUGAGGAGGACGAUGAUGACGAUGAUGAUGACGAUGACGAUGAGGACGUUGGAGUUGCUGAAACUGGGGGAGCGCGUAAUGACGGAACGUUUACCAUAACUUAUACNGACGAUGAGGAGGACGAUGAUGACGAUGAUGAUGACGAUGACGAUGAGGACGUUGGAGUUGCUGAAACUGGGGGAGCGCGUAAUGACGGAACGUUGCUCGCCUCUGACCCACCUCGUCCCUUGCCAUCGGAUAGCUCUAAUGCACUCCGCGGAAUGAUGGAAUCAAGCCCAAGUCAAGCACCGAACCGGCCAUUGCCGCCGCCACCAGUUGAUGCCUACCCACCUUCAAAGCCUUUGCCGCCCAUUCCGAAGAGCACCUCACUGGACGACGAUGAAUCUUCACAUGAUCAGACGUUGGUCUUGCGAAGGCAACAAGCUAAAAAGGCCGAUGUCUCAGACAGUAGUGCUAAAGUGGUCGAUUCAGAAAAUCCCCCAAAAAGUGCUCCUCAACAGAACGCUGAGACGGCGGUCCCCCUUGCUACUUCUAGCAGUAGUAACAAUGUUAAAUUGCGAAACUCGGUCAUUGAGGAGCGACGAAAAAGUGCAAAACUCGAGUUUUUCGGUAGAGCGGUAGAAUCAGUAGGCGGCGCCCCACCAAGUGUCAUUCAGUUGGAUCGUGAGCCGAUUAAUAGAAAUAAGAAGGUGGUCCCACCUUUGGAACAUGCUACCAAAAAUGGCUCUAACAUUCGAGACUAUAUCAACCGGAAUGCCAUUGAAAAUUCAGUACAGCAAAAUCCAAGAUCUGAAUCGUCAGUGUCGGGCUCAAAAGAGGUCAGCUCACGGCAAAGUACAGUCAUGCCUGACUUGUUACCUCAAGGCUUAUCGGAAGAUUCUCUUAAAAAUUGUGAUGAUGCCUCACUGCUAAUGAAUCAGAUGCGCCAAUCAAAUUCCUCAAUACCGCCUCAUCUCCAGCACAAGCAACGCUCAUUUUUGACAUUUGGUUUUGGUGCUGGCAGCAAUGUGCCCACUCCUAGUCCAUCUCCUCGACGAGAGUCACACAUCAAUGUCAAUGUGUCGCCAUCAAUUCAGCCUGAUACGCCGGAAAUUCGAAAGUACAAGAAGCGGUUCACCUCCGAGGUGCUGUGCGCUGCACUGUGGGGCGUCAAUCUGCUAAUCGGCACCGAGAAUGGCCUUAUGCUGCUUGAUCGCAGUGGUCAGGGAAAGGUGUAUCACCUGAUAUCACGACGGCGGUUUCAGCAAAUGGAAGUGCUCGAAGGACAGAAUAUCCUGGUUACCAUUUCGGGGAAAAAGUCUCGCGUUCGAGUGUAUCACCUUUCGUGGUUGCGCAGCAAAAUUAUUCGCACUGAUCAGCAAAUUGAAAAGAAAAACGGAUGGGUUAAUGUCGGCGACCUCGAUGGUGCUGUUCACUUCAAAAUUGUGAAAUACGACCGAAUCAAGUUUUUAGUGAUUGCUCUCAAAGAUAGCAUUGAAAUCUACGCCUGGGCUCCUAAACCAUAUCACAAGUUUAUGGCCUUCAAAUCCUUUGUCGAUCUGGUCCAUAAGCCGCUCUUGGUGGACAUGACUAUCGAAGAAGGUAUCCGUCUUAAGGUCGUCUACGGUUCGUCUGAAGGAUUUCACGCUGUUGAACUGGACAGUGGAGCCGUCUACGACAUUUACGUGCCCACGCAUAGUCAGUCGUCAAUCACACCGCACACCAUCAUCACUUUGCCCAACUCCAAAGGAAUGCAACUGCUCCUUUGCUAUGACAACGAAGGAGUUUACGUGAACACCUACGGCAAAGUGAGCAAGAAUAUUGUGCUGCAAUGGGGUGAAAUGCCCACUUCGGUUGCCUUCAUUGGCACCGGUCAAAUAAUGGGCUGGGGCAACAAAGCAAUUGAAAUUCGGGGCGUGGAGACAGGCCAUCUGGAUGGUGUGUUCAUGCACAAGAAGGCGCAAAAACUCAAAUUCUUAUGUGAACGAAACGAUAAAGUAUUUUUCUCCUCUUCAAAGGGCGGUUCUUCGUGCCAAAUCUACUUUAUGACUUUGAAUAAGCCCGGAAUGGCCAACUGGUGA